CUAGUAUUACUGGCAAGCAAGCGUAAAAUCGUACCGCCGGUGUUUAAACUGCCUGGUGGUAAGUACAGCCUAUCUGCCUCGCCCCUUCUGACUGAACUCAAAGCCAAGGACACGAUCAACCGUUUAUCCAUAAAAUGUUCAAACUACACACCUGGGCUGCCAUUUUUCUGUGGGGUGCAACGUGCACACUCGCUACCGUCGUUAAGAGGGACCCAAUCUCUUGGUCUGUUCAACAGUGCAAUGAUGUCUUCCUCCUCGUCUAUCUGGAACUCAACAAGCCGCCUCUGGAAUGCUAGCAAGGGAACGAUUAGCUUGCAAAUGGCUCGCAUACCUGCAACUCAGCAGCCUAGUCGCGGGGGUAUCUUUGUCAAUCCAGGCGGCCCUGGUGGUCCUGGUACAGCCUCCAUAGCCCAAUUAGGCAGUGAACUGGCCGCAAAAUGGGGUCCAGACUGGGACUUUAUCUCCUGGGACCCGAGGGGUGUUUGGAGUUCGGAACCCUUCAUCAAGGAUCUGACCGUCGCGGAGAAAAUGGAAAUCUGGGGAGAAACAAUACAUCCCGGCCAAUAUGAAAGUCAUGGAAACCUAACCACUGAUAGCGAUGCAGCGUUCUACCGGAGUCAAGCUUCCAUUAUAGACCAGGGUCUGCAAAAGUUCGAUGAAGCAUUCAAGAGCAAGAAUGGCGCCAAUCUAACCUAUAUCAGCACCACAUCCAAUGUUCGAGACAUCGUCACCAUGGCCGAUGCACUUUAUGGGAGCGACAAGGAUAUCAACUUUUUUGGACUCAGUUACG